UAUAUAUUCUUAUUCUAGGUCCAUGCACAGGUACCUGGCGUAUUGAAUGUAAAACGGUAAUGCAAAGUAAUGACGCAGCGUGGACGUACGUACGUAAAUCGGUCUAUGGUGUUUGGUUAGAAUUUCCCAAGACAAUUGAGAAGACCACUUUCCAUCCUUGACAAUGUCUGAAAAGGAAUCUGAUGGAAGUCUACCUGAAAAAGGCUCACAUGCUAAAACCAGUGACAAUGAAAUAGAGGAUAAAAAUCAGGGAAGAUGCAGUAAACGUAAGAUAGAUGAUGAAAACCAUCAUGCAGACCGUGAUAGACGUACCAAUAGGAGCGACUCAAAGUAUUCCAGAAAAAAUAACGGGGGCAGAACCAGCAGAGAUAGAGACAGACAUCAUGACUGUGACCGUGACCGAAACAGAGGCAGAGACAGAAGGCGACCUCGAAGCAAAAACAAGGAUAGAGUUGAUAGAAGUAGUGAAAGAUAUAUUACUCAUGAAGAAAGUGAUAAUUUCUUCAGAAGAGAGCGGGAAAGACAUUCAAACCAGGAUGCACCACUACGAAGAUAUUGGAGUACUGAGAAAAAAAAUAGUGAUCAAUAUUGGAAUAAGUACCCAACUAAUAAAGAUGAACGUAUUGGACAGCGUUUUUAUGGAGGUCGACACAAAGAGAGAAACGAAUCAUCAGACCGUGCAUUUGAGGAUAAGGAAAAUAAUGACAAAGUCCCUCGCAGAGAUAAAAACGAUGAUACUGGCAAUGGUAAACAAGAGCGAAUCACACCUGCUGAAAAACGGACCGUUGACUUAUUAACAUCACGCACCGGGGGUGCUUAUAUACCUCCGGCUAAGCUUCGUAUGAUGCAGGCGGAGAUAACAGACAAAUCAGGGGCUGCUUAUCAACGAAUUUCUUGGGAAGCGUUAAAAAAAUCCAUUCAUGGUUACAUCAACAAAGUCAACACCAGCAACAUUGGACUAAUCACUAGAGAAUUGCUCCACGAAAAUAUCGUCAGAGGACGAGGGCUCUUAGCACGGUCUAUUAUCCAGGCACAAGCUGCUUCUCCCACUUUCACUCCUAUCUAUGGAGCCCUAACUGCUGUUAUCAACUCAAAGUUUCCAAAUAUAGGCGAAUUGCUGCUUAAGAGACUUGUAAUUCAAUUCAAGCGUGGGUUUCGCAGGAACGACAAAGCCCAAUGCAUAUCAUCUGCCACAUUUAUUGCCCAUCUGAUUAAUCAGCGUGUAGCUCAUGAAAUCUUGGCCUUGGAAAUAUUGACCUUAUUGGUUGAAACCCCAACUGAUGAUUCGGUCGAAGUAGCUAUUGCAUUUUUAAAAGAGUGUGGUAUGAAACUUACUGAGGUCUCCAAGAAGGGAAUAGAAGCCAUAUUUGAAAUGUUGCGUAACAUAUUGCACGAAGGUCAACUAGACAAAAGGGUUCAAUAUAUGAUAGAAGUUAUGUUCCAAAUAAGAAAAGAUGGGUUCAAAGAUCAUGAAGCUGUUAUCGAAGAGCUUGACCUUGUUGAAGAAGAUGACCAGUUCACCCACCUAGUAACAUUGGAUGAAGCAACUGAUUCUCAAGACAUAUUGAAUGUUUUCAAAUUCGAUCCGGAUUAUAUUGCAACUGAGGAAAAAUACAAGGCAUUGAGUAAAGAAAUUCUUGAUACUGACAGCAGUGGCUCGGAAGGUUCUGGAAAUGAAGAAGAAGAUUCUUCAGACGAAGAAGGCAGUAAUGCUGCAGGUGAAUUUUCGGCAAAGAUACAUAAAUUAGGAGAAUCAAAAGAAGAUGUUAUAGUUGAUAACACGGAGACCAAUCUCACCGCUCUUCGUAGAACUAUUUAUCUGACUAUCCAUUCUUCACUUGAUUUCGAAGAGUGUGCUCACAAAUUGAUGAAAAUGCAACUCAAACCUGGACAAGAAAUUGAACUGUGUCACAUGUUUCUGGAUUGUUGUGCCGAAAUGAGAACAUACGAAAAGUUCUUUGGAUUAUUAGCUGGGCGUUUCUGUUCAAUUAAUAAAAUUUACGUGACACCAUUUGAGCAAAUUUUUAAAGACUCAUACGACACUAUACAUCGUUUGGAUACAAACAAACUGCGAAAUGUAUCUAAAUUCUUCGCGCAUCUAUUAUUCACGGAUUCCAUAUCUUGGGAAGUUUUAUCUUGUAUAAAACUGAAUGAGGAAGACACGACCAGCUCUAGCCGCAUCUUCAUAAAAAUUUUGUUCCAAGAAUUAUCAGAAUAUAUGGGGCUUUCAAAACUUAAUCAACGUGUUAAAGAUGUAACAUUGCAAGGAGCGUUUGAAGGUCUCUUUCCAAGAGAUGAUCCAAAAAAUACAAGAUUUGCCAUCAAUUUUUUUACUUCCAUUGGACUCGGAGGUCUAACAGACGAGUUGCGAGAACAUUUGAAAUCUCGACCAAAACCUGCUGUUGUGCCACAAUUUGUUGAGGUCAAAGAAGAGUCUUCUAGUUCUAGCAGUUCAUCCACGUCAAGUUCCGAAUCGUCCAGUUCCGAAUCAUCAUCUGAGAGCUCUGAUUCCUCAGACUCUGAUGAUAACCGAAAAAAGAAAAAUGUCAAAGGAAAGGGUAAAAAGAAGAAAAAAGAUAAAUUCUCAAAGCCUCAAAAAAAAGUGAAACAAAAAGGACAAGUGGUGAAAGAUAUUUGGGAUAUAGACACAGAAAAAGGCCGUGUAAGUAAUGCUCGUGAAAAAAAUGAAAGACACAAAGAUACCAAUAGGAAGCCAGAAGAUGGAAAAUAUCAGUCAAAAAAAUCGGAUAGCAUAAGACGGCACGAAUCGCACAGGAGUAGACAAGGUGAGAGUGACGACCGUGAUCAAGAAGGUGUGCAAAAAGAGAAGAAUAACAAACACAGGAGGCACGAAGAUCGGUGAAUUUGUAUUUUUUAUACAUAGAUAUAUAAUUAAUCUCUGCACUCUGUAAAUUAGUUUUAAAUUUUUCAAGCGAUUUGAAAGUGGCAAUUACCUAAUAUGCUUGUCGCACUUCGUAUCCGAACGUAAGUACUCGAUAAUUUUUUCCAAAAUAAAGUUACGAAAUAAAUAGA